UUUUUUAAAUAAUUUUCUUUUUCAGUGUUAUUGCAAACUUUUUGCCAUGUUUUCCCACUCGGAUUAUAAAGAUCCUUACGAACCUCCAUUGUCUCCAACAAUUAGAAUUGAACGACCUUUUUGGGUGCCUUGCUAUAAAGAAUAUAAUGGUCGUCCAGAAUGGUGGGCAGAACUUGGAUAUAAAGACGAAAUGUUGAGAAGGGGAAUGUCCCGUGGAAUUCGUUAUGAUCAUCGCGAACGGGAUAAUUAUUGGUAUGAUCCAAAAGUACCUGAUGGAACUUCGGUUGUUGGGCCGUUUGGGCUUGAUACGCAAUAUCAUAGAAAUUUGACUAAAAAAGGGGAUCAACCAAUGACGUUUGAUGAACAUCAAAAGAAGGUUACUGAAAGCUCUGGUCAAUACAAAAAUAUUAUAAACAAUUUUGACAUAAGCCCUGAACAUCCUGGAUUUGCCCUAUCUCCACUUUUGGAUAAAUAUAAAGAAGAAUAUCGAACACUUGGAACUCAUUUUAAAUUACACAAUUUUUUGCAAACACAUAGAGGUCCCCGGUUUUGGGAUAAACCAAUGAAUGAAGGUUGUAUUGAGAAGGGACUUGCGCUUGUUAAAUAUAUUGCUGUUGCAUCUUUCGCUGCGGCUUAUUUGGAUCGUGGAAAAAAAGAUUUAAAAGUUUUGGUUAAUUGGACGGGUAUUUGCAAGGAUUGGGCAUUCAGAUUUUUUCCUGUUCCUGCUGCUUUGGGAAUGACUUUUGGUGUUACUGCUUGUACUUCUGCAAAGAUUAGACAUAUUGAUGAUACUUGGAAUUGGACUAUUGCGUCUGUUGUGACUGGUGCACUUCAUGCUACGAUGCGUGAUUUUAAGUUACAACGAGCACUUUUUACUUCAAUUCCUUUAAUUACUCUAUUUUCUUAUUAUCAACAUGUACGUACAAUUCAAUGGGGAACUCAAGGAAUGCCUUUCAGUCGAAUGUAUAGCGGUCACUUUUCUCCUUAUACUGGACCUCUUGGUUGGAAAAGCUUUCAUCUUACUUCUGUUGAUCAGACACGAUUGAAUUAUAUGCCAGAUGCGUGGAAAUAUUGUUCAAAAUAA